AUGGAAGCAGAUAUGUCUUCGAUAUAUGCUAAGAUUGGACUUAUUACGGUGGACAGUCUGGCCAUCCUCUUAAAUGCAGCUACAAUGAUAGUAAUUCUGGUCAACAAGAAACUCAGAGAGACUCGAAAUAUUUUCAUCUGGAAUAUUGCUUGCUCCGACUUGCUGGCUUCCACAAUUGCUAUCACAACUUUGAUAAAGAGACACUUUACUGGAGAUUUGGGAAGACCAGAGACAACCUUCCUACUGCGUGCAUGUUAUUUGACCGCUGUCUGCAGUGCAUUGUCUGUGGCCAUACAACGCUUCAUCGUCCUUCGUUUCGACCCGUUCAACACCCGCAACCUUGUGACAGCACGUAAAUGUAUCAUCGUCUGUUUCCUGUUCUGGACGUGUACAAUAAUGGCUAUGUAUUUCAAUGAUUUGUUUAGGCCUGUUGGGAAGGAUGGUCCUGGGCUAGGAGGUCCAGGUGGAUCUCAUGUGCGUAGUGGGCUGGAUGGACUGGAUAGGGCGGUUGGCACGGCUAGACCAGACACUAACAUAAGAUCGGGUGGUCCGCCCGACUCAGAUAGAUCUGAUUUUGCUGAUAAAGGUCUGAAAAAGGGUACCGGUUUACUGCGAUUACUAUUCCCAACAGUAAUAUUUUCUGCGCACAUAGUCAGUAGCGUCUUUUAUGCGGUCGUGUACUCGGCAAUAGCCAACGCAGCGCGCAAGGCCGGCCUGUCUGGAAAUGUGUUAGAACAGCGCAUCAAGCAAAAUAAAAAGAUCUUAAUCACCUUUGGGAUCGUAGUGCUCACUAAUUUGUCUUGUUGGCUCCCAUUCUGUACGCUCUUUUUCCUUCAAACUACUAUUGAAGAUUUGACCAUUUUCUCUGGAGGACCAUACUCCAUAUCUGGGUCAAUGUGGAUCGGGUUAGUUAGAAAUCUUGCAAUGAUCCUCAUUGGCUUGAAUGCUUGUUUGAAUCCAAUUAUCUACUGGACACGGAUAACAGAGUUCCGUCGGACGCUAUUUGAGAUACUUCACGGUUGUCGUAAAUGCAACCAGAAAAGCGGAUCGCGUAACCUAGACGCGGUGAAUGUUCGAAAGAAUUCACUAACCAAGACGCGUUCCGCAACAAUCCCAAAUGCUGAAGUCGCAAACAAAUCAAGUGUUUACACAAUCACAACAUGA